AUGGAGGCGCUCAAGGCCCACAUUGUUGCGCAAAAGCGCAAGGUAGCCUCCGAGACGGGAUCUACGUCCAAGUACAUGCGCCGUGGAAGCAUUGAGCAAAUGCAGCGUGCAGCCAGUGCCGAAGAAGAGCAUGACUUGCCCAGUCCACCGGCACGUGCACUGACCAACCCCACAUCACCGCCUCAGCCCACACAGCAGCCGGAACCCGCGGACGAAAGCAAUGAGCGCUUCACUAUUUCCAAUGAAGAAGCUGUGAAGAGACUUCGACAAAAGGGCGAACCCAUCCGCCUAUUUGGUGAAACCGACCGCGAUCGCCGACUCCGACUCCGUGCGCUGGAACUGCUUGAGGAACAUGAUGUUCACGCGCAGCAAGGGCACGAUGAUAGUAAGCGAUUCAUGCGCACGUCAGAGAGCCAGGUCAUCAUGGACCGCAUUGAAAAGCACCCGUCAUCUCAAAUCCCAUCAGAAUCCACAGAGUCUCGCGAAGCGACAGCGUCGUUGCCGUCCCAAGCAAGAGUGCCUGCGCGAAUGCGCGAAGGCAUCGGCAUGCACACGGUGAUGGACCUCAAACUGAUGUGGUCGGAUCCGGCACGUGUGUAUCCGAUCUUAUACUAUACACUGAAAGGCCUGCUUGAAGAUUGGGGAGAGGCUCUGGCUCAGCGUCCGGAGGAUGUACGUCUGAGUGCACAAGGACGCCAUGUAGCUUCACUACAUGCACAAACGUCCGAAUAUAUCAAACCUCUUCUCAAAGCGCUGCGACGGCGCUCGCUCGAGCCAGAUGUCCUUUUGCGAAUUGCUGAGAUCGUACAUUACAUGCAGCUGCGCGAAUACCGUAAAGCGAACGACUCAUACCUACAAUUGUCUAUCGGGAAUGCGCCUUGGCCCAUUGGCAUAACGAUGGCGGGCAUCCAUGAACGGUCCGCCGACGAAAAAUUGGCAACGUCUCGCGUAGCACACGUGCUGAACGACGAAGUCAGUCGGAAGUAUAUUCAGAGCGUCAAGCGACUUAUUACGUUCGCACAGUCACAUUACCCGCCUGACGAUCUGAGUAAGCUCAUGGGCUAG